AUGUCACCGUACAAGUUGGUGUUUGUAAAGGCAUGCCACCUUCCGGUAGAGCUCGAACAUAAAGCACUUUGGGCACUGCGGCAGCUGAAUCUGGAUAUAGAGACUGCAGGCACCAGCAAAGUCAUUGAGUUACAUAAACUCGAGGAAUUCAGGUUCCAUGCUUUUGAAAAUGCCAGAUUAUACAAAGAAAAGAUGAAAAUGAUCCAUGAUAAGCACAUCUUAGAUCGUAACUUCAAGCCCGGAGAUCUAGUGUUGUUAUACAACUCGAGAUUGAGGUUAUUUUCGGGUAAGUUGAAGUCCAGAUGGUCAGGACCCUUCAGAGUGGUGCAAGUGUUCUCAAGCGGAGCUGUGGAGAUUGAAUCCGAAGAUGGGCCAAAAAAGUUCACAGUAAAUGGAUAA